AUGCACCAGCAGGUGCAGCGCGUGGAGCAGGCGGACGGUGCACGGAAGUCGUCCGGAACGCCCACGGCAGUUGCAGCCCCGGCGCCGAAGCUGGAGUACGUGAAGCUGCCUGGGACCAAGGGCGCGCUGAUGGUCAAGGCUGUGGAAACGUCAAAGAAGAGCUUCCUCGCGAUUCUUUGCGGUGAGAACGGAGAGAAGGUGGAAUUGUUCGCGGGCACGUAUCGCACUGCCCUUGGCCUCUCGCGCACGUUUAUUCUGCCUGACUCGCCGCGCUCGCUCGAGCUGCAGCUCCAAGGUGAUGACCUUGUCGAGGUCUUCCUUGUUUUCUCCCAGAACGUAUUCGGCCUGGAGCCCGCCACCGUGCGUGUGCGCGAAGUUCGCAUUGGCCGCGCGGAGCGUAGG